AUGGAUAUCGACACGACCAGAAGGAACAAAAAGCCCCGGCUUUUACUAGAGUCUGAAAGGGAAAGGCUUGAGGAAUUCAUUGACUCCAUUCACUAUUCCGCCAGAUAUUCAGAUGAUCAAUUCGAAUACCGCCAUGUCCAGCUGCCCAAGAAUAUGCUCAAAAAAAUCCCAGCCGACUACUUCGAUAGCUCAAAGGGCACAUUAAAAUUGCUCUGGGAGGAAGAAUGGCGGGCUCUUGGUAUUACACAGAGUUUGGGCUGGGAACACUACGAGGUCCACGAGCCAGAACCGCAUAUUCUUCUCUUCAAGCGCCCUCUGAAUUACCAACCGCCUGUCUCUCAGUAA